AUUGAUUCUUUUUCGUUUAUUUAUACUCUCUCUGCCACCAUUUUCUCCUACCACUUCACUCCCUUAGUGACAACUCUCAAACGAAUAAACAAAAAUUAAAAAAAAAAAUGGACCGUGGAAGCGCGUUUGCUAUUGCUUUUAUUUGCAUUGUGGUGGUCGGUGUCGGUGGUCAAGCUCCGGCCGCCGCACCCACUAAGGCUCCGCCGGCAGCGACUACGCCUGCUACUGCUCCCGCUACAGCUCCUGCGAGUAAACCUAAAUCGCCAGCUCCAACUGUUGCUCCUACCACUUCUCCACCAACUUCUUCACCACCGGCUGCCGCUCCAGAGAAGUCCGCGGCGGUUCCUGCUCCAUCUAAAUCUGCUCCUUCUUCUUCUCCUCCAGCUGCUACUCCAGAAAGUUCUCCACCGGCUCCAGUUCCUGUGAGCUCUCCUCCAGCCAAUUCGCCUCCGGCUGCUGCACCGACAACUCCUCCAGAGAGCUCGUUGUCUCCUCCGGCUCCUGUUGCGGCACCAACCACUGCUGAGGUUCCCGCACCAGCUCCAAGCAAGAGCAAGAGCAAGAAGAAGUCUAAGAAACACAAUGCUCCUGCUCCUUCACCUGAUUUGCUUGGACCUCCCGCUCCACCUAUCGGAGCUCCUGGACUUAGCAGCGAAGCUUCCUCCCCCGGCCCUUCUGUCGCCGCCGAUCAGAGUGGAGCAGAGACAAUGAAGAGCGUGCAGAAGAUAAUUGAAGGAUUGGCAUUGGGAUGGGCAGCCAUUGCUUUGAUCUUCUAGACAGACAGAGAGAUUUGAAUUCAGUGUUCGUUUUUCUUUUUUUGUUUUGUUUAAUUCCUCUUGUGUCUCACAUUUGAUAUAUAAUCCCAUUUAUUUUACUCCAUUUGUUUCCUUUUAACGACUAGUAAUUCCACUGCUUUAUUCCCAUUUAGUAUUUUUUUUUUUUUAACAAUUGAUUUAUUCUACGGUUCUAUUUUUAAUAAAUCAUAAU